CAUUUUGAACGUCGUGCGUCGAGUACGUGGACGAUUCCCCAAAAAGCGCGCGCGUCUCUUUCGCUCGCCUUUCACGACCAGCAAAAAGCAACUCGCAACUCGACUCGAAGCGAAUUUUUGUCUCUGACGUUGUUGACACUUUUUGGCCUGGCCAAAACAGCAUCCGCUACCAAAACAACAAUUGGCAGUAAUCAGCGCGCGUGUGAACUAAACAACCAACAAAAAAGAAAAGAAAAUCUAUAAAAAUAAAUUUAAAUUUUGAGUUGUGCACAGAUAUACUCAGCUAUGUGAAACACAAUUGCAAAAUGUUCAAUCAUUGAAAUUUAAUACCAAAGUUUGCAAAGCAAAGGCAUUGAGUGUGAAGCCGAAGCAAAAGGAAAUGAAAUUGUAAACAACAAAAAAAAGAAAAAGGAAAACAAAGAGAAAUAUCUAUGAAAUAAACCAUAAAAAUCAACUAAAUGCCAAAGCGACGCAACAACAACAACAAGAAGAAGAACAGAACUGAAAUCUGACAACGACAACAGAAACAACUGACAAACGAACGAAACAAACACACACACCUACACACAAACGUAAACACACACACACUUCCCCUCUCAAUACCCCGACCCCCUCAAGAACAGAACAUUGAAUGUGCGUAAGUGUGGCAAGAGAAAAGGCAAAAAAAGAAAAGCUAAAGCUGAAACAAAAGCAAAAACAAAGCAAACCCAAAUUAUAACAGCUCCUCCCCAAGACAACAAAGUGCAAGAGAACAAGAACAACAUUAAUAGCGACGAGCUGGCAACAUUUCUAACACCGGCAACAUGUUGCUGAGGCGCUUACAACACAGCGGCGGCAGCAGCAGCAACAAAGCCAAAGCGCCAGCGCCCGCGCCCUCCGCCUUUUCUUGCUCCCCUUCGACCUCAAACCCAACGCUAAUCGGAUUUACGAGACAACCAACAACAACAGCAACAUCAUCGGCAACGAGAACAUGGCUAUUGCCGUUGCUCUGCUUGGCAAUUGUUGCUCAUGUCAGUGGCGAAAUAGAUCGCACCAUUCAGGAGCAUGAGAACAAAAAUGUUGUGCUGCCGUGUCCUGUGAACGAAGAAAAGUGCGGGAAGCUGCACUCCUUGAACUGGUUUAAAGGCGAUGGUCGCAUCGCUGCGAUGCUAUUGGGCGACAGCAAUGUGACGAGUGUGAACGAUGAAUUUAAAAAUAGAGUAACUGUUGAGCAGAAUCCAUACAGAUUAGUAAUUAAGGACUUGAGAAUAUCUGACGAGGAUAUCUAUCUAUGUGAUACAACCUUUUAUAUACCAGAAGAAACGUGUGAUAACUUCAAUGGCUAUCGUGUCGAAUUGAGAGUCUUAGUGCCACCCACUGAGGUUGUGAUUUUGGACGCUAAGGGCGACCGCAUUGAGAACGGCAGCAUCGUGGGACCCAUGCAGGAGCGUCAGAACCUCAAAGCAACUUGCACCGUGAAGAACACACGCCCCCAACCCGAUGUGGGCUGGUGGCGCGGCAACAAGCGCCUGGCAACAUAUUCGCCCACUCACGAUCAGAACGAUGGUCUCUACACUUCCACACUCGAAUUGGACUGGCAAUUGUCACGUGAGGAUCUGGGAGAGGAUAUUGAAUGCCGCGUCGAAUCGGCAGCAAUUAAAAACACAAUUGUUACCAAAUUCGGCGUCGAUUUGCAAGUGCGACCCACGAGCAUAGACAUCAAGGGAGUGGAACAUCAUACGGUGCAGGGCAGCAAAGUGGUGCUAACAUGUGACAUACACGGUGCUCGGCCUGCAGUCAACUUAACCUGGUAUAAUAGCACUUCAACUAUAAGUCCCGAGGAGAAUGAACUUACUGAAAUUCGCACUAAGGCGUUUGAAAAGUCAGAUGGCACCUAUCACACGCAGUCGGAAUUGAUUUUUAAUGCCUCGCGAUUUGAAAACGAUCGCGUCUUCCGCUGUGAAGCCGAGAACAUUGUGCUGCAGAUCAAUCGCGAGAAGCCAAUUUCAUCGGAUUUGACUCUAGAAGUGAUGUAUCCUCCUGUUGUCAAAGUCAGUCCAUUGGAAAGAGUCGCAAACACCAGUGAAAUGGUGCUACUGAAUUGUGAAUAUGUUGCCAACCCCGCCUCGCUCACUCAAGUCGUUUGGUAUCGCAAUGGAGACGUAGUUAAUGUCAAUGACACGAAUCGUUAUGAGGGAGGCAAUGCGGAGAAUGUGGCACUGCUGAUCAGAGCAACGGAGAAAGAAGACAUUGGCAAUUACACCUGCCAGCUGUCAAACUCCAUUGGCAAAACUAUUUCCGAGCAGCAAAUCGAUCUGGACGUGCAAUACGUGCCCAUUGUGGAGGUACUGAUGCUACCUGAAGGUCCUGUUAAGGAGAGCGAUGAGUCAAAUGUGACGCUCACCUGCAACAUCAUCGAUGCGAAUCCCUCAGUGUUGACCAAAGUGCGCUGGUAUGCGAACUCGACGCUGCUUAAGGAACUGCCGGAUUGCUACGAAACUAGAGAGGACUUGUGCCACAUUGAUCCCAGCAAGCUGCUGCUCGAAAGCAUUGGACGCGGUUUCUUCUAUAACUAUUCCUGCGAGGGCUAUAAUGCCGCCGGCUGGGGACCACGCAGCGAGGACAAGGAGCUUAUGGUGCACUAUGAACCCGGACCUGCCACAUUGUCGCACUUUCCGCCCAUUGCCAUCAAGAAGAAGAGCGUGAUCUUUUACUGCGGCGUCGAGGAUCCCGGCUACCCAGAGUCGAAUAGAUAUCGCUGGAUGCGCGGCGGUCGCGGCCCACUCCAGGACAUCGUCACCAAGGAAUGGACCGUCGAGCCCGUCGGUCUGGACAGUCGCACCAACUACUCGUGCUAUGCGUACAAUGAGGGCGGCAAGGGUGUCAUGGCCACCGUCAAUCUAGAGGUACAUGCUCCGCCCUUCUUCAUCAAGAACAUGCAACCGUAUACGGGUGUGUUGCACUCCGUCUCCAACUUCAAUCUGACCUGCCGCAUCGAGUGUGUGCCACGCUGUGAGAUCGCCUGGUGGAAGGAUGGAGUGCCCAUCGACAAGAACGAUUCGCGUUACUUCGUUCGCGAAAAGUACAUGGAUGCCUCUCCAGCCACUGGCGAUUUCGAGAGCAUGUUCUCCGUUCUGCACUUCAAUAUGUCAAAUUUCCCGAAUAAAAAAUUCGAUAUCGAAUCGGAUAACGCGAAAUACAUGUGCAUAUCAACGGCGAAUGCUGUGGGACCGACAGUAAACAGCACCACCUACUUGAGCAUUGAAUACGCACCGGAUGACAUCAGCGUUUCGGAGAGCACGGUCUAUGUGCAGGAGCAUCAUAUUCCCGGUCGUGUCAUAUGCAAAUCGCAGGCUAAUCCGGAACCAUCUUAUGAGUGGCUGUAUCCCAACAAGACGGUUACCAUGGGCAACACUCUGAUUAUCAAUGAUCCCAUCAAGCGAAACGAUACUGGCAUCUAUACUUGUCGCGCCUUUAACAAACACGGAGAUCGCACCACCGAAACCCGCAUCGAUGUUCAGUUUACACCACGCUGUGAGAUUGAGAGGCUUGAGAUCGAUGACCAGGAUACACUAAUUUGCACAGCAGACGGAAAUCCUGAUGAGGCCGAUUUCUCAUGGUCAGUUAAACUGGAGAAUGACACAGAAGCAUUGGGCGGCGGCGACAAGAAGUCCUUUAAGAACCGAAGCUAUUACGUGCUGACCGGAGAAUCGGACAUUGCCAGGACUUAUCGUUGUUUGGCCAACAAUACUGUGGGUCCAGGUGCAGUCUGUGAGAUUGAAGUUGCUGCUGGUUCAGCACUUUAUUUGUGGUGGCAAGAACAAUUGGUCUGGUGGCAGCGUUGGGACAAAACGAUGCUCUAUAUCGUGAUUAGCGCCAUAGCGCUUUUGUUGCUGGCCGUCAUCAUUAUUUGUAUCAUAAUCAUUUGCAUAUGCCGUCGCCGUCGGCGUCAGGAUAAAUAUCAUACGGAAGUAUCCAUUAGCGCCAACCAGAGCGUGCUAUCAUAUCAGCCGGUGCUGCCACAAGUAGGCGUGGCACUGCCCAUACAAGAGACAACAGAGACAACAUUGCUGCCAUCGACUUUGCUGCCACCGCAGCAACUGCAACAGCAGCAGCAACAACAGCAGCAACAACAGCAGCAACAACAGCAGCAACAGCAACUAAAGCUGCCCGCAAUGGAGAACAACAAUGAACUGGCCACGCCCCCGCCCACAGCGCGCAAUAGUGCGUUGCAUGCCACAGUGCCAAAGUCGCCACCACGCUGGCCACUGCGGCCGGGCGUCAUGUUGCACGUGAGCAGCGACACCAAAGAGAAUCUGGCAGUGAAUCGCAUGACGCUGAAACCGAAUGCGAAUGCGAAUUCGAAUCCCAACUCAAAUCCAAAUGCGAGUCAAUUGUCGGCGCAGUUAAGUGCCGUGCUGAAUGAUAGCCAAACUAACUCAAAUAGCACAAUGCUAACCGAGGUGACGGUGAUGGAUGCAACAGCAACUGGAGCAACAACAACCACAUCGACAGCGACAGCAAUCGCAGCAGCAGCGGCUGCAGCAGCCAAGCGUAGGCUGAUGAAGACUAAUCCCAAUGACAUUGCCUUGCCAUCGACAGAUGCAGCCACCAGUUCAGCUGAAGUUCUGCCCGAGCUGGCCGCCUGCCUAGACAAUCCGAUUGCAGUCACAGCAACAACAACUACCACGACGGUGGCAACAGUUGCUGUGCCCGGGAGCAUGCAACGCAUUUGGAACUUUGUGUUUCGACGAGCGAAGCGCACGGAGCAGGACGAUGGCAUCAGGGACAGUCAGCGCAGCCAUGUGGGCUUGUUGCAUACAUUUUGGCGUGGGCGUGGCAGCAGCGGCGAGUCGCCGUUUGGAGCACAGCAUCGCCUCAAAGGCAUUCGCAGCAGUGGCAGUGUCACCUACAAAAAGACGCCAACAGCAACUAAUUCAACCACGACAACAACAACAGCGACAGCAGAGGCAACAGCAACAACGACAGCAACUUGCAGUCCCAGCAGUGUCCCAUCACAUGCCUCUGUGACAUUUCAAGCGCCUUCAUUAGACAAGACACCGCCAGCAGACACCACAGCAAUACCAACAGCAAUAACAGGAGCAGCAACAGCUGGCGCAACCGGAGCAGCAGCAACAGCAGUCCACGUUGGGCCUGGCUUGGAGCCAGCACAGUUGCAGCCAGUGCGGGGCAUACUCAAGUGUCCCACGCCCCCGCCACGCCCGCCGCCACCCAUAUUGCCGUUGCGGCGUGGCCCUGGACACCAGCAGCAACAACAGCUGUCCAGCGACAGCGGCAGCAAUACGAAGCCAAAGCCGAGUAUUCCCAGCGGCAACACGCUGCCGCCGUUGCUCAAACGCACCGUUAUGGUCUCACCGAGCCGUGUCGAACGCGUUCAAAUACACGACAAGUCGUCUUCACUGGGGGAUCCAUUGACGGAACCUGGCGAGUAUGAGAAUCUACCGUUUCAUGGUCUGCAAACGGCACCUAACAAGUUCUCUACUACCCCUACAAAUUUUAAUAACAACACAAAUGUGGUGCGCGUCGCUCCACGACCCAAGAGACUCAAUGGAAAUAUUGGUCAAGCCAUGAACAACCCGCAGCAGAUGCAUCACCAGACUCUACAGCAUCCUCAACAGCAGCAACACUUCUACGACCAGCAGCAGCAGCAACAACUUCAACAACAGCAGCAGCAACAUCAGCAACAGCUGCAGUACAACACUUUGCAGUACGGGCGUGGCUGCACAGCCCCGCCCCCUCACAAUCGUAGCAUGGAUCAACUCGAGUCCAGUUCCGAUCAAAUCCAAUACAAUCUCAGCAAUUGCUUUCCCAAAAGCUACACCGAAUACUAUCAGCAACAUCAUCACCAGCAGCAACAACAGCAGCAGCAACAAUCACAGCAGCAGCAGCCACAAACAUCGCAGCAGCAAUCACAAAAGUUUCACACAAAUUCAGCAUCCAAUGCGCAACUCUUGAAUGCCAUCGAACACGAUUAUCAACCCACAUAUGCAGUUGUAGAACGCCUGCCACCGCCUCCCCCCGCUCCGAGUUCAGCGUUGCUCAACACGAAUCCUUUUCUGGCCGCCAGCAACUUUAAGAAAUACGAUGCCGCUGGACAGGAGGAGCUGCUGGGCAGCAUGCAGCGUGGCAAGCGAGGCAAGGCCGCCAGUUUGCUCGAUCGCAUGGACAUGGACAAGAAAUUCUAUUCACUCAAGUUUCCCAAUGGCGGUGGUGGCAAUAACAAACUAAAGAAGCCCGCAUACAAUCUAAACGCAUCGCUGGCAACAGCCACGGCGAAUGCAACGUCGACGGCGCCAAAGUGCAAGCGGCAUCAUUCCUUUGCUGGCGGUAGCCAUGGCGAUAUUGAAUCCAAUGGCAAGCCCAUGCGUCUGUACGAUCCGCCUGUUUAUGAGAAUGUGGCGGAUAAGUGCAACGGCGACACAUUGGACAAUGAGAUGGGCGACGACGGCAGCAGCAACAUACUGAACGCUGGCAGCAAUCUCAACUUGAGUUUGAAUCAAAACCUGGCCACUGUGCAGCUGCAUACGCAGCCAACGGCUGCCGUCGUCUCGCAAAGCCACAAGAAGAAACAUCACCAUCGCCAGCACCAGCAAAAGGCUGAUGCCCAAGCCGGCGCCGUUGGCGCUGACUUUCAACUGAUGGAGCCCGAACGCCUUAGCAUUUAUCGCAGCGAUUCGGGCAUCUCGAAUAGCUCGUAUGAAUCGCAGCUGCCGGCGCUGGGCCAACGUACGCCCAAGUCGCACAAGGCCAGCUCUUCGGGUCUGAAUCUGACCCGCAAGCCAGUCUACAUGAAUGUGGAGGGUCAACAGCAGCAGCAGCAGCAACAUCAGCAGCAGAUGGCAGCACGUGCCGGCUCACCGGCGCACAAUAUUAAUUCGUCCUAUGAAUCGGCUUCGUCGGCGCCAGUCACAGAUCCCACCUCGCUUAGCUCGUGCAAUUCGCUUUAUAGCAGCGGCACCGGCACCGUUAGCGUCAGCAACACUCGCUGUAAUCGCCAUCCAGCAUCGCACCAUCAGCAACAGCAGCAGCAACAGCAGCAACAUCAACAUCAGAAGCAGCCAACGCCGGAAAUCACAACACCCGAGGAUUACGAGCAGUACCAACUGGGCCAUCAGCCCGGACAUUCUGCCUCCAUGUUGUCUGUGGCCAGCAGCAUCAGUGCCGCCAGUCGUGGCAAGUGCAAACCCUCCGCCAGCACAACGGCGGCAACAUCGGCACUGCAACUGCAACAGCAGCAGCAGCUGUCGCAACGCAUGGGUCCGCAUGAGUCAAACCAAUUGCUGGCCAAUAAUCCAUUUUUAGCACUUAAACGGCAUAACAACAGCAACUGCAACAGCAGCAGCAACAACAACAACAGUGUUGCCUGCAGCAAGAAACUACGACGACAGACCAUCAGUGACCCCUACGCACAUAUCAAACGGUAUUAUGCCAUCGAUGCCGAAGCCCCUAAUGCCAACAGCAACAACAACAACGGCAACUUCGAUGAAGCCGUUGGUGCCAACAGUCAUUGCUGCACGGCAGCAGCAGCAACGUCAGCAGCUGCAGCUGCAGCAGCAACGCAACAAAUUAGCAGCAACAACAAUGGGCGGCGGGCUGAGCAUGGGCAACGGGGGUGUGGCCAUCAUCAACAACAAAUGCUAAUGCCAAAUGAAUUGCAGCUGCAGGCAAGUCGAUUAGCUGCCACCUCCAACUCCAACUCCAGCGCCAACGCCAACUCAAACUCCAACUCUAAUGCCAGCAAUGUUGACGGCAAUCAGAAUUUAAGAUAUGUACCGCCGAUGCCAAGUGCAACACAGCCAGUGGCUGGCGGGGCCUACGAUUGUUUGGUGGUGCGUCGUCCGAUGCGGUUGCCGUUGCGCAAACAUCACACCUUCCACUUUCAGACCACGCAAACGGCCAAUGGCAAAUUGCAGCAGCUGCGACGUCAGCUGCAACAGCAGCAGCUGGAACGGGAGCAACAGCAGCUAGAGCUUGGGCCCCUCAUCUAUCGACCAUUGGCGCUAAGUGAGCGGCAUGCCUUUAAGCCAAUAUCGCCAACACCUGCAACACCUGGAACAACAGCAGCAGCAGCAACCAACGCAUUGCCUGAUUAUGAAAAACGCAAAGAGAAUGCGACACAGCAGCAGCAACAGCAGCUGCAACCAAUGGCGUUGCAACUAAAUCCUGCCGCUUCGUUAGAGGCAUUAGAGGUGCUAACUAAAACGCAUCCGGACUUUAUGUUUACACGACCAAAGAAGGAACAAAACACGGCAACAACAGCAGCCACUGUUGCUGGUGAGGCAGAGGAGGAGGAGGAUUUGGGAUAUUCCUUUUGCGAGGAAGAGUAUAUGGUCGAUGAUGACAACGGCAACAGCAAUGACAAUGUUGUUGAUGAACAGCUAGUUGAUGAAGAGGAUGAGGAGGAGGAAGCACCACACAAUGCCACAGCACCGCCCACAACACCCGCCCACAGCAACAACAACAACAGUGCAGCCAUUGCCAAUGCCACAGCGGGGGCAUUGAGAUACUUCAUGACGCAGAGCUAUCGCGAGGUGCACAUUUAGAAUGCCACCAAAUUUGGGGGCAAACACAAAAGUUAGACAGGCCUAAACGACGCAUACAAGGUAUUUAGAGUAAUAACGCAAGUAGAUGAAACACAACGUGAAAAUGAAAAACGGAAUAAGUACAUAUUUAUACUUAGCAUAAUUCAAGAGAAAGAAAACUUAAUUAAAAUAUACAAUAGUUUCUAGCAUAACAAACAAAAAAAAUGAGAGACAACAACAAACUACAUUCUGCAUUAUUCUCAUAUCUCAUAAAUAUAUAUUCAUAAAUAUAUUCACCAAUAAUAGACGCGACUCGCUUGGCCGCUAGCGAAGCCCGAGAUUCUCAACCCAAUAUGAAGAAAUCGAAUAUAUAUAGUCUAUAUAGCAAGUGUGCUAAAGGUCACAGAUGACACGCCGCUGCUUUGUUAGUGUAAAUAGUUAGCUUAAAUUUAAACUUGAUAAAUUAUUAAUUAACAAUACAAAACACUUAACAUUCCCAGCACAACAACAAAAGCGAAAAGCGAUUCAUUCAGACAAAAUCUAUAUAUAUAAUGAAAUAUCUUUAAGUAUUAUGCAUUAAGACAACUCUGACUGUAUGUGUGUUAAGUUUGAAGUAGUUUUGUGUAAAUUACAAAUUUAGAUAUGUGUAUGUAUAUGAAAAACUUGUAUUGUAUAUAAAUUUACUAUAUAGAAAGCAACAUUUAUAAUCUAUGAUUUAAGCAGCAAAACCAAACAGAAGCCAAGCCCAUACUAUUUUGUAUUAAGCAACGUAUUUAUUCUAUAUUUAUUUAAUUAAUUUAAUCGAUAUUUAUAAUUACCAAAGCAAAGCAUUAAACGAAAUUCAAGCCUAACCCAAAGACAUGGUCAUCAAAUACAAAGCUAACUACAACAAGAACAUCAUCAACAACAACAACUACUACAUCGAAUUAAAAAUUCUUGUAUUUAAAGUGUGUUCUAAAUGACAAAAAACAUUGUUGAUUUCUUAUAGCAUGUGUCCGAUUUUGAGGAUCCAUACAAAGGCAGCAAUACCUAUAUAUUCUAAAUUCAUUUUGUAUAACUUUCCAACUAAAAUGCCCAGCUA